AUGCCAACAUUGACGUCCACACCGGUCUACUCUAACAUACUUGUUGGACAGCCACCAGGGACUGUCUUCCAGCAACCUGGCGAUAACGUUUACCUUCGAUUGAAAUUGGAUGAUUCUAACACUGUCCUUUACCCUGUGGUCGGACAACCCAUGAUGGGACAGCCGCAAGAUCCAAGCUUACUGCAGCAGCAACAACAACAGCAACAGACGGCUCAGGCUAGCGGUCAGCAGCCACAGCAAGUCCCCCGUCAGCAAACCCCACAACAGGCACAAGUGGCGCAACCACAACAAGGUGUUACUGUUACAGUUGGUACUCCUGUUGUUACCAGCCAACAUCUGCCUCAAGCAAGUCUCGAUGGCGUUCAAAAAGCAGAAGACUCGGUUGUAGUGACGGCGGCGGUUACUUCGGCUCCCGCAGUGGCCACUCAAGCUCAUGAAUGCGCCUUUUGUAGGGCGAACUUCGCCACGGAUUUGGAUUUGCGUCACCACGUGGAGAUAGCGCAUACCGCCACACGACGAUUCCCAUGCACCAUCUGCGGCAAAUCGUACACAAAGGCUUUUCUGUUGAAAAAUCAUAUUAAAAGUCGACAUGAGAACAUUCGCGAUGUUUUUUGCCCAACAUGUCAAAAAGCCUUCUGCAAACGCUCUGUUAUGAAACGUCACAUGAAAUCCGUUCACGCAGACUCCAAGGAUUACACGUGCACCUUGUGCAACAAAGCUUUUGCAGAGAAGAAGAAUUUGCAAAUGCAUAUCAAUGCUUUACACAAAGGAUUGAAGCCUUAUCAUUGCCAGGUUUGUGGAAAGGACUUCGCUCGCAAGUGCGAUCUUCUAAGACACGGGAAUUCCGUCCACAAAGAGAGUAAACCCUAUGAAUGUAGCUCUUGUGGCAAGGGAUUUCCCCAACGGUGGUAUUUGGAGCGUCACAUGGUUGCUGUUCACAAAGUGGACUUCUCACGCUUUAAUUGCUUGCCAAGAAAUAUGCCUUGCGCCUUGUGUAGGCUUGACCCCACCCUCACGGUCUCCGGUUUCCUUUCAGCCACUCUUCAACAAAUGCCUGGAAUGCCAAACGUAUUUACGAUGCCCCAAGCACCACAAGCGACCAUCUUGACACAGGAUCAACUGAUGCAGCAGAUCCAACAGCAACAACUACUCCAAACUCAGCAGCACCAAUUACUCACUCAGCAGCAGCAUGGCCAACAGGUGAUUCAACAACAAGGACAACCGGUAUUGCAGCAGACACAGCUCUUACAGCAGCAAGCCACCCUUCAACAACAACCGCAAGGUCAGCAGUCACAAGCCCAACAACAGCAACAGCAGGAUCCGCAACAACAAGCUCAACAGCACACCCAGACCUCUCAGAAUCAGGUCACCCAGGUUGUUCAACCACAGUUUUCUCAAGCAGCUGCUCAACACCAACAAUCACUACAGUUUUCGGCUUUCUCACAAGCUCCUACUAACUCUGUCAGCAUCGUGGCAGCGACGGCAGGUGGGACGCGCUUUGCCGUCCCGAUGCCAGCAGCGUCAGUCAGCGCAGCAGCUCCAGGAGGCGCUGCUUUGCCCUCUGCGACUAUGAUGCCAACGCUUUUCUUCCAGCAGGCAGGUGGAGGUCUCCUCCCAUCCACUGCGGCAACACAUCACCAACUGCAGUUGGCGGCUGCAGCAGCUGCGGCAGCCUCUUCCACGCCAUCCACACCGUCCACAUCCGCUGGUGGUGGCGCUGGUGCUGCCACACCUCACGCCAUGCAACAGCAACGCCUUCAACAAGUUGGGCAGCAGUUGGGUCUGCCGCCCGCACAACACAUGAUGCAGCAGGGUGCCACAAUCUCGAUUAUCCCACCAGCUCAGACGACCAAUCAGCUUCAACACACAGAUCAUAAAUCUGUCAGUUGUGGGGCUUUCAAUCUCCAAGCCUGCCCUCCUGCAAACAGCAAUUUUGCGAAGUCCGCCAUCCCCCCUCCUGACAGCGAAGACGAGGGACUGAUAGCCACAAAACCGAGGAAACAGUUUGCUUGCGAUCAGUGUGACAAGGUAUAUCCCCGCAAUCAGAGUCUGCAGGCGCACAUCAUUCAGGUUCACUCGGGUGAGUGGCUCUUAAUGCCUUAUCACGUGCCCUCCACUUGGCGCUUGCGUGCACGUACUUAUGCAUAUGUGAGACCCUAUACCUGUCGAAUCUGCCGCAAGGGUUUCGUGCGUAGGUGGGAUUUCUACCGCCAUCUGAAUGCCGUCCACAGGGAUCGUGCCAGAGAGGCGCUAGAUGCAGACAAGGUAGAGGAAUACGUAACGUGGAUGCGUAGUCGAGCCCCUGCUGACAUUUCAUGGGAGUGUUUGAAUGCGGUGCGUGAGGAAUUCCCAACUGGCGCGGGUUCGUCCGCAGUAGCCGGCUCAGCCGCUGGUGGCGGAGGUGGCGUGAGUGGUGCUGGUGCUGCUGCUCCUGUCGUCAACACCACUGCUGCUACUGCUAAUCCUGGCGGUACUCCCAAAGCCUCCUCUCCAGCACCUGCACCUCCUACUCAAUCCUCGACUCCGUCAGCCACCGCCUCCUCUACCUCCACUACCUCCAACUCCGGCGUCACCGUGACCAUGAUCAAGCCUGCUAAUGAAUAA